AUAUGGGUGUUGGAGAGUCCGAUCUUUUCCAAUCCUUUCUCUCUGGGUAAAUGUCAUAUGUCAAUCAUAUCCCUCAAAGAAACCCAGUAAGUCCCUUAUUCCCAUUUCUUUGCCAGGUUGUAACUGCAGUUGCUGCAACACCCUUUCCCAUGGCCCCAUCACAGUCCCUCCCUGAUGCUUUGUGUACCCACCAGUCAGGCCUGCCCUGGAGCCCGCUAUCUUCUUGUGGCAAGCAAGGAGACAGCUGCUGUUUUGCCCAGUCUGUUGUGCUGCGGGGAAUUGCCAAAGAACGCCUGGUCAGCAAACCCCCUCCAGGCUGUGAGCCCAAGUCUGUCCUCCACAUGUGCGAGACAGGAGAGGAGGUCCUGGCCCGCUACUUGUACACAACGUCCCCCACCACCCUCAGCAGCACCCUGCACCUGCUACAGGAAGGUUGCCAGCUGCGGGCCCCCUAUCCCCAGUUCUUCUCCCCUCUGUUGGACAAGCGAGGAUUCCUCUUGGCCGCACCUACAAGGGCCUCAACAACUGUUGAAAGCAUUCCCGUCAUCAGUGCCCUGCAGUCUUCCGCUCUUCUGCACAGAACCCUUGGCGCUUUUUACAAAGAACUGCACCAGUUGGACGUCCGGCGCUGGGCAAGCUUCUUUUCUGUGGGAGUUGAGCUCGAUGACUUCCAAGAGGCCUUGGAGCAGCUGAGGACAUUGUCCCACUGUUACAGAGAGAGUGGAGUGGAAGAAGAAUCGGGGGACGAAGAGGACUGACUGUCCCUUGUGCGAGGAGGCCUCUGGGAAGACUGUAAAUAAAUCGAGCUGGUGUGCCUCUUAACUGCCCUUCUGUUUCAUGCUGCGAUACGGGUGGUUCACAAGGACACUCCACACCCACAUGCCUUCCACUCCGGAACCUUGCUGAUUGGUGCUAGGAACAGAGGGAAGCUGAUCCAUCUACUCCAAACGAAUGGCUUUAUUCAUUAAUAUUAAACUGCACAAUAAAUAUUCAUACAGAAGAGGCACAGGAAAGACUGUACACCAUUCCUACUAUUAAAAUAUUUACAUCACGUAUUGUCCAAGAA